AUGAUCCCACUUUUGAUUGCUGCAGCAGCUGCUGUAGAGGAAGAGACAGCCUCAGAAAUCCCACAUGAUGACCCCACCAGCAAUUGGACUGCCGUCCUCUUGGCGAUUGUCUCGCUCAUUUUCUAUUGGGUCUUUCUUAAACCCACAGCCCAAGACACUGGAGCACCUCCUCCUACUGUGGCAGAGAACAAUUCACGGCGGGUCCGUUCGGCCCCCCAACAACAGCGAAGACCUGCCGCGCCAGCUCCGGCUCCUCAAGUCAUGGCCGACCGUCGAUUGCCCACGCCUCAAAAUUUGAGCGACAAUGCACUCGAGGUAUUGUUGGAUUGUCAAUCGAAACCAUCCUUUGUCACUUCGACUCAAGACAAGUUGGGAUUGGGUGGUCACAAGGCACUAGUGGAUGGUCUAGUAGCAUUUGGACAUACCGAGGCAGCUGUCACCACUCUGGAUGCCUCCAGUCGCACAGAACGAGCCAAGGUAUUGUCGAGACUGGGGUCCUCUCCAGGAAUGACGUUGUCGGCACCUCCUUCCAAGGGUUCUACCAUGGUGGUUUCCUUGCCCUUUUUGACUCCUGCGGAUAGUAGUAUUUCAAAAUUGCAACACAUUUUGCAAGUAUUGGGUUCUUACUACAAUCUCAUUGUCAUUGGAAGCAUUGAUCCUUCCAAGCCGGCACCUGCGUCUCUGAAGGAGCAACAAGAACAGCAAGAUUCAUUACAAAACAUUCUGCAUGCUGGCGAUUUGAAAGAAUCGAUAUUGCCAUCGCAUCGAAUUCUCUUGGCCUCGAGCAAGGUUGGAAGAAUAGCCCUGGUGAGGCAACUCGUCAAGGUGGAACUAAUGGUGGAUUACCAGCCAGAAGUUCAAGCGGAGUUGGGGCGAUUUGGAUACAAGGUGGCUAUUGUUCCACAAUUGGGAAGCUUGUUGGAUGAUUAA